UGUAGGCUUAAACCACGUACAAAUUAUCAACUCAUUCAUUACUUCCCGCGCAUGCGUCAUAAAAGCGUACCGAGCAACAACGGAUCAAGUCUGACCAGGCUUGCAAUUUUCAACCAUGUACCGCAAAGAAAAACCUUUAGUUUUGAAAAGUAGCGCUUCGUCUCUAAGUAACAAUCUUUCUGUGCUUGUUGCGCUAGAAAAGGGAGUCUUGAACUACGCUGUGGUUCACAAAGCUGUUGUGAACAUCAUUUCGGCAUCCACGGAUGGUUCGACUGUUAACAGCCGAAACAUUGUCUGCAAAGAGCCAUCAGCUGCCCAACAGAGCACACCAAUGAUAAUACAGGCAAAAUGGGUGUGUCUGCCUUCACGAACAGUGUUUGUCUUGACUUCGUUAAAAGGAAUACAGAUGUUUGAAUCGGAUGGGUCUGCAAUGAUAUACUGGCAUGCUUUAGGAGAUGUAAAUAGUACAGAUAUAUCAGAACAUGCCAAUUUUGGCAGAGGAAUCACUGGAAUAGGAGAAAACUUCAUUUGUAUUGGAACUCAACUUGGAGAGAUUCAUGUCUUCAAUGUACCAGCGAAAGGAACAAAUGUUACACAGAAGGAAAGUUUAGUAGGACAUAGGUACCCUAUUUGUGACUUGGCCUCCAGUGGAAAUCAAAUGGUUAGCUCAGAUGAACAAGGAAACAUAAUCAUUUGGUCCCUUUCUGGGUCGUCAUUUAAACAGACCCAUUCCAUCAAUGGCUCAGGAUUUCCAUGUAGCACCAUCCUUAUGUGGAAAAAUGUGAUUGUUGCGGGCUUUGGGAAUGGUCAAAUCAGGUUAUACAGUGCAGAAACGGGAAAACUGGCUGCCCAGGUCAACGCUCACGCGCGAUGGGUCACAGCAUUAGACGUGGCCUCAGACAAUGGAAUGUUGUUAUCUGCGAGUGAAGAUUCUUAUGUCCGAGUUUGGCAGUUGAAGGAAGGCAACCAAAUGCCUGAGAUUGAGUAUGUAAACCAGGAGUGUGUGACGGACCAGCAGCUGGUGGGGGUUCAGUUCCUCCACCCCCAGGGUAAGGCCUUCUGUACCACAGGCUAUGACAGCUGUGACCUCUCCUUCUACGUUCAGAGUUGAUGCACCAUGGUAUAGCCUCCAUUGUUUAGAAUCACAGAGAGACUUUCACUUUAAUACAUAACUGCAUUGCCCAGAGAUUAUAUUCCACAGAAGACUUGUGGCUGAGUUACAUUGUGAAUGUGAUCGUGUUUGGCGUUGGUUGGUCUGUCUGUCUGUCUGUUAAGCAUUUUCUUUAUCAGUGUGAACUGUUUGUUGUUGUAGUAAUCAGAUUUAAAUUUGUCUUUUAUUGUAACUGUUUAGUUCAUCAAAAGUGAUCUCCCUUGAGAAAAUGAAGUCUGGAUUUUUAUAAGAACAGGUGAAAGGAUUACUUCAUGUUAUGAAAUAGAAAUGAUUUUGAUUUGAUGUGCAUGUACAUGUGAUAUGAAUAAAGUGAUUCAUGACUUUUCACAACAGGUAUGAAUUUUCAAACUGGUAUAUAGAAACUUAAAAUAAAUAUUUUAUAUAAUUCAAUGUAUUGUAACUUUAUAUGAUGAGAACAUAUUUUCUUGUCUUUUGAAUUAUUGUGCAACAGAAAAGAAUCAUGUGUUCAAAGUUGUGUAUUGACUUUUUUUUACACGCAGACACCCGUAAAUAAAUGACAUAUGACUAUCUGUGACUGAUGCAUAUAUUACACAAUAGGCCCAAUGAUUUUAUUGUACAGUUGUUUUUUGGGGGUUGUAUAGUGCAGGAUCUGAUUCUUUUAGUGUAAAUGUGUAUUGUCUGAGCAGGCCUUGCAGAGCAAGGGUUUUUUUUUUCUUUUUUACUACAAUCUGUUCAUUAUUGCAAUUAUCCUACUAUUUAUUAUAUUUUCUUAUUUAAAAUGCAUGAUAUCUUAAUUAAAUGCUAUUAAUGUCUAAUUUUUCAGUUACAAAUUGUUUAAACCGUUGAUGAUGAUUGUGUAUGUAGUGAAUACUUUAUCAUUGAGAUGAACAUUAUCGUAAUAUUGUUAGUGACCAUGGUAAAUUAAAUUUCUACGUUCAGUGUGUGCAUUCUCCGUCCAUUCAAUAAAUGUUUUUAUUGGUCAUCCA